AGAUAAGAGAACCAAGAAAGCAUAAUGAAUGAAUCAGCACACAAACACACAUAUUAGACAGAAAGAAAGAUAGAUAGAUCAGGGCAUAAAAUCACAGAAAUUCCAUUGUUAAUUGUUAUCGUCCAAAGAGAGAGAGGGAUAAAGAUUAAUCAAAUGGAGGAGAAAGGAGGAUCUUCAUCAAUGAAUAGGAAUAGGAAUUAUAACAUAAAAGGUAAGACAGAAGCAGUGGAUGUUCCUCUUCAUUUAAUUGGUUUUGAGAUUGAAGAGUUGUCUCCCAACAAGGUCUCCGGUCGCCUUCCCAUCACCCCCAAGUGCUGUCAGCCGUUCAAGGUGUUACAUGGAGGAGUGUCGGCUCUGGUAGCGGAAUCGCUGGCGAGCAUGGGAGCUCACAUGGCAUCAGGGUACAAAAGAGUGGCUGGAGUUCAACUCAGCAUCAACCACUUGAAGCGCGCCGAGUUGGGAGACCUUGUUCUUGCUGAAGCCAUCCCCAUUAGUCUCGGCAAAACCAUCCAGGUGUGGGAGGUGAAACUGUGGAAGACCAAUCCUUCAAACUCGGAGGCAAAAUCGUUGGUAUCGUCAUCAAGGGUAACUCUUUUAUGCAAUUUACCAGUGCCGGGGCAUGCAAAAAACGCAGACGAAGCUCUCAAGAAGUAUGCAAAGCUAUGAGCCGUACAUUGUAAUAUUCAUUAACCAUUAUGUAGUUGAAGAUACAAGGCACAGAUUCCACAUUCACCUCAAAGGUAUAACCUGUAAGGUGAAUCUGGCAUUACAUUUCAUAUCCUUCUCAUCAAAACAAGAUCUUUAUAACUAGAAGAAAAUUGUUGAGCUAUUUGUUUAUUCGUUAAUACAUACAAUUGAGAACGAAGUGCGUAAUUUCUUCGCGGCUGUAAUUUGAUGGUUCUCACAAUUUCCACUGAUCAAGAGCACACAAUUCCAUUUUCAGA